CAGGAGAGAGAAUCUUGCACACCUCCAACACAGCAGAAGCAGCGCAUACCUCGUGGUGGUGCUCUCUCUGUUGAAGUUGCUGCUGCUUUCACAGUCACGAAGACGAGAGGUGAGAGAGAAAUGGCGACGGAAGGAGGUGGUGGAGGGGCGGCGGCAGCGGCGAGGAGGAAGCCGUCGUGGAGAGAAAGAGAGAAUAAUCGGAGGAGAGAGAGAAGGAGGAGAGCCAUAGCUGCGAAGAUAUUUUCCGGUCUCCGAGCUCAAGGAAACUAUAAUCUCCCUAAACAUUGUGAUAACAAUGAGGUUCUGAAGGCUCUUUGUUCUGAAGCUGGCUGGAUUGUUGAACCUGAUGGUACUACUUACCGCAAGGGAAUGAGGCCGCCACCGCCGGAGAUUGUGGCUAGUUUUAAUCAUUUUAGUGCGUGUUCAUCUCAAGUGCCGAGUCCUCUAUCGUCGGCAUUUCAGAGUCCAAUUCAUUCCUACCAACCUAGUCCGUCUUCGUCUGCUCCGCAAAGCCCGACUCGAAACGAGAUCAAUGCACAAUCCCAUCCGUUCUCGUUCCUCUGCAAUUCUAUUCCGUCGAGUCUGCCACCUCUUCGGAUAUCGAAUAGUGCCCCGGUGACUCCUCUGUUAUCGUCUCCAACGUCAAAAACUGCUCCUAAGCAGCCAGUUUUUAAUUUCGAGGCCAUUGCUAAUGAGUCUAUGGCAUCUUUUAAUUAUCCUAUGUUUGCUGCUUCUGCUCCUUCCAGUCCUUCAAGACGGAGGAACUUUACCCCGCCUACCAUACCUGAAUGUGAUGAAUCUGACUGCUCUACUAUUGAUUCCGGACAGUGGAUUAGCUUCCAAAGGUUUUCCAGACCUCCAAUUCCAAAUUCCCCCACAUUUAACUUGGUUAGGCCAAUGGUUCAGAAAAUGUCCUUGAAUGAUGCAAUUCAGGAUAGAGCAAGAGUUGCUGAAGCUGAGAGUAUGCAGGUUACCCCUUGGGAGGGGGAAAGGAUUCAUGAUGUAGGCAUGGAUGAUCUUGAACUCACUCUUGGGAGUGGUACUGCCAGGAACUAAAUUUUCUGAUCAAGAAUAAUAAAACAGUGUUAGAAGCAGUGUAUUGGAAGUGUGAGAAGUGAAUGUCUCCAAUUCAGAUUGUCAUUGCGAAAUACCAUUUGGUCAUUGGUACUGAUUGUUUUCGUGUUCAAAGAACCAAGAAGUUUGGUUUUUGUUGCUGAAUGCCAAAUUGUUAGUGAAGGAUUAAUGCUCAUAAGGGUGUUAGUUUUCAUGGAUACUUAGUUUCAAUUUUUUUUUUUCCUGCUUGAUAUGUUUGUUGUCAACCUAGAAUAUUGAACUGCUUGGGGUUUUAACACAAGCAUUACAUGUAGAUAAGAUGGUUUAGUUUUUCUGUAAGGUCGAGGAGAAUCAGCUCGUGUUGUAGACUGAUGCCUAAGUUGAUUCUUCUAGAGUAUUUAUGGGGUAGUCGUUGAAUUGAUUACCUCCUGUUGUAGACUCAUUGUUUUAGGAUAAGAAAUCUAUGUUAUGACAUUUGAUUAGUAUUAAGCUCUCUUUUACAUUGCA